CAGGUUGGGAUGAGUACCAGGUAUGUGUGGAGGGGGUCAGUGGUGUGUGUCUGUGUCAUGCUCUGCUGGAUGGGGGAAGCCAGAGUGGACUCAGCGUUCAUGUCGGACGCCAUGGACAGCAACAUCCAGAAACUGAUAAAGCAACAUAAACUUCAAGAGAACAAGCGUUCCUGGGGUUCUCCUGUGUUUCCUGCAGAGCUCCUCAACUCUAAGUUGGAGGAUUCAGAAAAGGCGGUCCUUAUGGGCCUGGCCCUGGAGGUGUAUGAGAAGAUUCUGGGGCAGAUGGCGGGGCAGGAGGGGGGGCAGCAGGGGGAGGGGGGGCAGGAAGGAGACCAGACCCGGGCUCAGAUCCUGAAGAGAAUCAAAGAAAUCCAGAAGCACUACUUCCCUCGCCACGAGGAUGUUGGGAAGGUUGUGAAAAAGCUCUGGAACAUUAAGACUGAUGAUGUGCAGGUGCAGAGUAACUCCCUGUGGGAGCUGAAGAGGGUGUACGAGGAGGCUUCCCGCCUGGGGAACCAUUUCAAGAGGCUUCAGAUGAGGAGGAGACGACAUGCUCAGAGGACCCUAACCCCCCGGGGAUAGUCCCUCCGGCCCGGCCAACCCCAACCUCUCCCCAACCUCUCCCCAACCUCUCCCCAACCUCUCCCCAACCUCUCCCCAACCUCUCCCCAACCUCUCCCCAACCUCUCCCCAACCUCUCCCUGAGAUACAGCAAUUUUUUUUACUAAAUUCUAUUUAUUCUAUUUUAUAAUAUAUAAUAUAAUAAUAAUUUAUUUUAAUAAUAUAGUUUUUCACAUUGUACACAAUGGUAUAUUAUCGUUGUUAACAUAAUCUGAUUUUUUUAAUUAUCAAUAAAUUAAAUGUAUUUAUCACUGUAA